CCAUGAGUGAUCCGUCGAUAGUUGGCAUAUGAGUGGACUAGCUGGUAAAACAGAAAUCCUGAUUUGACUGACCAAAAGUUCAAUGCAAUGCUCUGGAGUCCAAGUGAAGUACUUGCAUAUUUCAAAGAUGAUGCAGGUAACGAGGGUGCUGCUCAAUCAGAAGAGAUAAGGUUUUCAAGCAAAAGUGCAUUUGGAGGUUUUGAAACAUGGCCUUCUCCAAAGGAAGAUUUUAUAUUGAUUGCCGAAAAUUCUGAAAUACAUGGGCCUAAUCCCUUGUUUACAAUACCUCUGCAAAAGCCAGAAGUGGAUUUGAAUUUCCUGUCAACAAAAAUUCUUUCUGCGGAUUAUCAAGGCCUUAGCAAUCAUAAAACUGUGUCCCUGGAAACUGCACAACUUUUAAUGCCUGACAUAGCUCAUGAUAUUCAUGUUGCUGCAAUUUAUUUUCUACUAUUUGAUACAGAAGCUCGAGGAUUCAUUCGUCCUACUUGUCUUGCCUAUUUUACUUCUGACAAAAAGAAGCUGAUUUCCCUUGCAGAACCUAUUUUAAAUUGCUUGCUAAAAGUAAGCAUCUUUUUUGUUUCUUUCAAAUGUUAUGUUGCAUCAAAAGAAUCUUGUGAAGAUGAAACUGACGCAGCUCACUGCAUCAAAACCCAAUCUGUGUUAGAAGACAUUCAAGAUGUGCUUAGCGUUAUUGAGAAUUACAAAGGUGAUAAAGAAAUUGAAAAACAGUCAAGUGAUAUUAUUGAAAAGCUGAAGCAAAAUGCCAUAAGUCCUGAAGUGAAAAGUUUUGUAUCUACUGCUACUGCCAUUGAUAAACCCCACGAAGUAAACAUUCCACCUCAAAACAGUCAUAAAAAGCUAAUGAAGAAUUUAUCCCUAAUCUGUGGAGACAGGGGAAUUGUUCUGGGAUUGUAUCAUCUUUACAUUAUGUACAAAGUGUGA